AAAAAAUCGUUAUUCGGAGGAAGGUGAAUCAUGCAAGAGGAAAACGGGCAGCAAAGGAAACAAAGUGAUGUCAACAAGAUCCAGCUGUCAGUGGCGGGAGUUUCCUAAAAGUGGUGGUAAGGAUUAGUCGCCAUGUGGAGAGACCUGAGCAUCAGCCCCGCCAACCAACCCAGGUAUGAGGAGGUGUGCCGCAGACUGAGCCAGCAGAGGAGGGAGAGAAUAUUUGGAUGCGGCCACAGAAAAGCGUGCAGCAGGAAAGGCGACAGAUUCACCACAGAAACGCUUGACAAAACACCGACUUCACACGACAAAGAGAUACAACCCAGUACAGCCUCCCUACACCACAAGACAGAACAGAAGCCAGCAACAGACCCAAGGGACAGGACAGAAGCCACAGACAUUGCAGCAUUACAGAAAGAGCUCCUGCGGGCCAUUACCAGCUCUGGGGGGCUUGAUGAGGGGCUGAGGGCUGUGGGGCAUGUGGAGGUGUGCCAGGGCGCUGUGGAGCCAGUGGAGGAUGAUGUGUUGGUGAGGGCGUGCAGGAGGGUGGAGAAGAGAGAUGGGUCUAUGGUGGCACUGGUCGGAAAACUGCUGCUGCUGCCCAGGCUGUACCACAUGCAGACCAAGCUGUCCACCCCAGUAAUGGACAGCCUGACACAGCUGAUGGAGGCACACGCAGCAGCAGUGGUGGACAACGCCAUCCUGCCCCUGCUGCAGCAUCUCCCAGCACUGGAGGAGCACCACAGGGACUUGCUAGCACACCUCCUGCCCUUCUGUUCCCCUAGUAUGGCUACCAGUUUGCUGAGAGCCUAUGCGGAGCGCCCACACCACAGAGAAACAGACCUACCAACCUUCCACCUCCUUUGUGAGUGUGCCAGUGUGGAGGAGCCAGACACCCACACAGCGGCCUUGACAGUGCUGGGACAGACGGCACCAAUGCACAGGGCCAGUGUCAAGUUUGGGCAAUGCCUCCUGGUGGUGGUGCGUAGGUUUGGCCCACACCUGAGCGACUUGGAGGGCCUCAGGUGUGCAGUGAAGGAGCAUGGGUCGAGUUUGAGGAAAGUGGUGGAGAUGCAGAUGAAGAAACUGGAGAGAAGGAGGUGAUGGUGGUGGUGGUGGUGUGUGUGUGUGUGUGUGUGUGUGUGUGUGUGUGUGUGUGUUGUAGCUGGGGAAGAUGAGGAAGUGGUGGUGGUGAUGGUGUGUAUGUAAUAAUAAUAAUAAUAAUGAUAAUAAACGGUUUAUUAUUUAGGCAGUUAACAAACUGAAAAUGUACAUAGGGGGUGGGGAAAAACUUAACAUUAAUCCUAAAGGUAAGUCUAAUCUAGGAGGGAAAUACUAUUGAUUGAUGGCUCGCACCAUGGUGGGAAUCGCACUGAGUCUGUACCGGUCCGUGCGCGGCGCCUUUAGGGGCAUUAUCUUGUUGUGGUGUCUGGUGACACGGACCAGGCGAGGUGCGUCAGGCGGCAGCAUGUUUCUGAGACGUGGAUGAUGUGUGUGUGUGUGUGUGUGUGUGGUGGUGAGUGUAUUACUGAGGAUAUAUAUAUAUUUCAUUGGU